CUACCCGAGCGCUCAGGCGCCUUUGUGAGCGCGGCCGGCAGCCAGGAUCGAGUCCUGGCCCGGGCCUUGGCCCAGCCCCGGCCCCCAAGGACCGCGCCGAAGGAGGUGCCCACUGGAGGGAGGAGGCGCUCUCCAUUCUCAGGUUACUGUCCCUCUCCCAGAGAGGAACCUAAAGGAGAAGGACAGAAGAACUGUCAAAUUCUUGAGUCCUUAAAGCCAUGUCCAAGGAUUUGGUGACAUUUGGGGAUGUGGCUGUAAAUUUCUCUCAAGAGGAAUGGGAAUGGCUAAACCCUGCUCAGAGGAAUUUGUAUAGGAAAGUGAUGUUGGAGAACUAUAGGACCUUGGUAUCAUUAGGAGUUUCUGUUUCUAAGCCAGAUGUGAUCUCAUUAUUGGAGCAAGGAAAAGAGCCCUGGAUGGUGAAGAAGGAGGCAACAAGAGGUGUAUGCCCUGAUUGGGAGUAUGUAUUUAAAAACAGUGAAUUUUCAUCAAAGCAAGAGGCAUAUGAAGAGUCAUCCAAAGCUGUAACAGUGAAAACAAGACAUCUUAGUUAUGCCUUUGACUACCCUAGUUUGAGAGAAGACUGUCAAAGUGAGGACUGGUUUAAGAACCAGUUGGGAAGUCAAGAGGUACAUCUUAGUCAAUUAAUCAUCACUCAUAAAGAAAUCCUUCCAAAAGUUCAAAGUAAAGAAUAUGACAAAUCUUGGCAAACACUGCAUCAGGAUACAGUCUUUGAUAUACAACAGAGUUUUCCCACCAAAGAAAAAGAACAUAAGCAUGAAGCACAAAAGAAAGUUUACCGAAAAAAAUCUGUUGAAAUGAAACAAAGGAAAGUCUAUAUGGAAAAGAAACUUUUGAAAUGUAAUGACUGUGAGAAAGUCUUCAACCAGAGCUCAUCCCUUACUCUUCACCAGAGAAUUCAUACUGGAGAGAAACCCUAUGCAUGUGUUGAAUGUGGGAAAACGUUCAGCCAGAGUGCAAACUUGGCUCAACAUAAAAGAAUACAUACUGGGGAGAAACCCUAUGAAUGUAAAGAAUGUAGGAAAGCCUUCAGCCAGAAUGCACACCUUGCCCAACAUCAGAGAGUUCAUACUGGAGAGAAACCUUACCAGUGUAAAGAAUGUAAAAAAGCCUUCAGCCAGAUUGCACACCUGACUCAACAUCAGAGAGUUCAUACUGGAGAGAGACCUUUCGAAUGUAUUGAAUGUGGAAAGGCCUUUAGUAAUGGUUCAUUUCUUGCUCAGCAUCAGAGAAUUCAUACAGGAGAGAAACCUUAUGUGUGUAAUGUAUGUGGGAAAGCUUUUAGCCAUCGUGGAUAUCUAAUUGUACAUCAGAGAAUUCAUACUGGAGAGAGACCCUAUGAAUGUAAGGAAUGUAGGAAAGCCUUCAGCCAGUAUGCACACCUUGCUCAACAUCAGAGAGUUCAUACCGGAGAAAAACCUUAUGAAUGUAAAGUAUGUAGGAAAGCCUUCAGCCAAAUUGCAUACCUUGAUCAACAUCAGAGGGUUCAUACUGGAGAGAAACCCUAUGAAUGUAUUGAAUGUGGGAAGGCCUUUAGCAAUAGUUCAUCACUUGCACAACAUCAAAGAAGUCAUACUGGAGAAAAACCCUAUAUGUGUAAGGAAUGUAGGAAAACAUUUAGCCAGAAUGCAGGCCUUGCUCAACAUCAGAGGAUUCAUACUGGAGAGAAACCUUAUGAAUGUAAUGUUUGUGGGAAAGCCUUUAGCUACAGUGGAUCUCUUACUCUACAUCAGAGAAUUCAUACCGGAGAGAGACCCUAUGAAUGUAAAGAUUGCAGGAAAUCUUUCAGGCAGCGUGCACAUCUUGCUCAUCAUGAGAGAAUUCAUACUAUGGAGUCAUUCUUGACUCUUUCCUCCCCCUCUCCCUCCACAUCUAAUCAGUUGCCAAGACCUGUAGGUUUCAUCUCCUGAAUUUGUCUGGAAUCUAACCUCUUUAAUUCAUUUCCAUUUCAUCAUCCUUGUCCAAGGCACAUUAAUAUAUUUGACAUGGGAUAUUCAAGUAGCUUUUUAGUUGGUCUCCUUGUAUUCACCAUUCUCUGUCAGCUGUCCACAAUGCAGCCAAAUUUGUAUUUCAAAAUAUAUAUGUUUAAUUUCAUUUCUCCCUCAUUAAAAUUCCUCAGUG